UCCUGGGACUUCCUCGAAGCGUUGACUCAAUCCAAUGCCGCCGCAUCUCCUCCGCUCCUUUCUUCAAGGGCACCCGACAGCAGCAACGUUGUGAUAGGUUUCUUGGACACCGGGAUAUGGCCCGAGUCCGAGAGCUUUCGACAAAACCUGACGAGCAUCCCACGUGGCUGGAAGGGUACCUGCGUCACGGCAAGAGACUUCAACAAAACCGCCUGCAAUGGCACGAAAAUCAUAGGCGCCAAGUACUACAUCAGCCACAGCCCAAGAGACCGAGACGGACACGGGAGCCACGUGGCGUCAACGGCGGCGGGAGUGGCGGUGGACAAGGCUUCGUUCUACGACGGCCUCGCUGCGGGCACCGCCAGGGGAGGGUCGGAGUCCGCCAAGAUUGCCAUGUACAAAGUGUGCGAGAAUAGGAACUGCCCGAAAACGGCCAUCCUCAAAGCAUUCGAUGACGCCAUCGCCGACGGCGUCCACGUCAUUUCCGUCUCGCUCGGCGAUCCCCAUCCCGACUUUCUCAGCGACCCGGUCGCCAUCGGAGCCUUUCACGCCGUCGAGCACGGGAUCACGGUCGUUUGUGCUGCCGGAAACAGCGGGCCCCGGCCGUCCACGAUCUUAAACGAUGCGCCGUGGGUCGUGACCGUGGGCGCCUCCACCGUCGACAGGGCUUUCCGCUCCGACAUCCUCCUGGGCGGAGGCGAAGUUGUAAAGGGGGAAUGGAUACGGCUUCCCGAUCUGAGUCGAUCGCCGAUAUACCCACUCAUCGACGGCCGAUCAGCAGCCAAGGCAGGCAAUUUGUCCCGCGCGGCAAGAAGAUGCGAACCCGGUUCCCUAAGCAAGGCGAAAACUAAAGGCAAAAUCGUGAUCUGUGAUAUCAAAGACCGCAACGGCUUCAAUUUCAAAGACCAAUUGGACAAGGUGGCGCUAAGAGGCAGCUUAGGUAUAAUACUUGCUAACAACGAUUCCAAAAGGGUGGUCCAAUACCAAUGGGACUUUCCCCUUACUAGGGUCGGCUCGAGUGGAGCUGCACAGAUUCUCAACUAUAUCAAAACUACUAGGUACCCAGACGUAACAGCUCCUGGCCUCGCCAUCCUCGCCGCCUGGAUAGGUGAUCGGCCGCUUGAUGAGAAGCCGAAAGGAAGGCCCCAAUCAAGCUUCGAAAUCGACUCCGGAACAUCCAUGUCGGGGGUCGCGGCCAACAUCAAGGCCGCACACCCUGCCUUCACCCCAUCUGCCAUCAAAUCAGCCAUCAUGACCACAGCUUUUUCAAACGACAAUCUGGGAUCCCCGAUCACCAGCAACAACGGAGACGAGGCCACCCCGUACGAUUUGGGAGCAGGGGAGCUGAACCCAAGGGGAUCGCUGAACCCGGGACUCGUGUACGAGACGAGCGUGACCGACUACCUGAUUUUCAUGUGUUACCAUGGGUACAACACCAGCACUGUAAGGUCGAUGUCCAAAGUUGCCCGAUCGACAGGCUUCUCGUGUCCUGAUGACUCCGGACCGGACCUCAUCUCGAACAUCAACUACCCAUCGAUCUCGGUCCUCCUGCGAGGCGCCAACCAGAUCAGGACCGUUCCCAGGGUCUUGACCAAUGUGGCUGGAAGCGGGAAUUGGACCUACAGGGCC